UUUAAAUCCUAACCUACAACCAACCUAACCAGACUUAUUUUGAAUAAAUAAACUUUAUGAAAUACUUAAAAUAUGAGUAAAAGAGACAGGGAAUUACUUUCGAAAGGUGGUCUUCGUUUGGACGGCAGAAGACCAAACGAGCUUAGAAGAAUCCGUUGUAAAUUAGGCGUUUUUUCAGCACCAGAUGGAAGUGCAUACAUUGAACAGGGUUUAACAAAAGUUCUAGCUGCUGUAUAUGGACCCCAUGAUGUUAAAGGAGGCCGAUCAAAAGCAUUGCAUGAUAGUGCUGUAAUAAAUUGUCAAUUUAGCAUGGCAGUAUUUUCAACAACAGAUCGUAAAAAGAGACCCAGAGGAGAUAGAAAAUCUACUGAAUUAUCAAUGCAUCUACAACAAGCCCUAGAAGCUGCAAUCAAAAGUGAACUAUAUCCUUUUUGUCAAAUAGAUAUUUAUGUAGAAGUUCUACAUGCUGAUGGAGGAAUAUAUCCAGCUUGUGUAAAUGCAGCUACACUUGCCCUUAUAGAUGCAGGGAUACCAUUGAAAGAAUAUGUAUGUGCAUGUACAGCUAGUCUAGCGAACAAUGAUGUUCCAAUGGUAGAUAUUUCUCACCAUGAAGAAAUAAUGGGGGGUCCAACACUAACAGUAGCAGCUUUACCUAUGUCAGGGAAAAUUGUUCUCAUGGAAAUGUCACAAAGAUUUCAUCUAGAUCAUCUAGAAAAAGUUUUAAAUAAAGCUUUACAGGGAUGUAAAGAUAUCAAACAAAUUUUGGAUGCUGCUGUUAGGUUACAUGUUAGAGAGAUUGGAAGCUCUACAGGAUGGGCAAGCACUUCAAUUAGUUAAUGUAA